GUUUCAGACUGUAGAAGCAUCUGCACUUAGUUGGAAGUUAGUGCAGGAGAUCACACAGAACCAUGGAAUCAUUUCAAAGAGAUACUCCCAGGAAUUUUGCACUACCUGCACUGCUACUCAGGAAAGGAAAUGGAUGGAUUUUUUAUUUCCUCUGGAUCUUUGCAAUUAUUGUUUCCAAUUCACUUGCCUGUGACAACCAAACAAAGGAUGAUGACUGUCCUCACAGGAACAUAUUUGUGGAGGAAGGAGAAUCGGUGAAAUUUCCCCUCUGUGCUUCUGAAGCUGCUGAAUAUUUGUGUAUCUGGAACAAUAUAGCAUCCAUGUGGCAAGAUGGGUACUAUUUUUUUGACAAAGAGUCCCGACCACUUCUUUCUCAUUUAAGAGACAAUUUUUCCACAGAAGGAAACAAAGUUGAACUAAAAAAUGCCAGCCACAACUCCAGCGGGCUUUACAGGUUUCUGACUAAGUCUGAAAGCUGUAUGGUGUCAGUGCAGAUCUCUGUAUCAAAUGAAAGGCCUACUACCAGUUCCUCUCCUCAAUCUGGAACCUUCAAAAAACGAUUGACAAAAUGGAAGGAUGAUGACUGUCCUCACAGGAACAUAUCUGUAAAGGAAGGAGAAUUGGUGAAAUGUCCCCUCUGUGCUUCUGAAAUUGCUGAAUAUUUGUGUACCUGGAACAAUACAACAUCCAUGUGGGAAGAUUGGUACCAUUUUUCUAACAAAGUGUCCCGACAACGUCUUCCUCAUUUCAGAGAGAAUGUUUCCAUAGGACUAAAAAAUGCCAGCCACAACUCCAGUCAGCUUUACAGACUCAUGUCUAAGUUUGGAAACUGUAUGGAGUCAAUGCAGAUCUCUGUAUCAAAUGAAAGGCCUACUACCAAUUCCUCUUCUCAACCUGGAACCGUCAAAAACCAAUUGACAAAAUGGAAUGAAAGGCCUACUACCAAUUCCUCUUCUCAAUCUGGAAAAUGGAGUGGUGUGAUGUGGCUCCCCUUUCUAGCAAUAAUUUUCAGAUGCCUAUGAAUGGACCGAAGACACCGCCCACUGGCCUUGAUGGACUUUCCUGCGCAUCCUAUUUUAUUUUUUUUAAGUUAUUUUCUUACUGUGCAAUAUAGAAUGCUUAUAUGUUUGGUAACGACAGAAAUGCAUGCAAAAAGGGGAAAAUGGAAGUGUGACCAAAGUCACCAGUUUUUUUUUUUUUUUAAUCAAUUCAAUGAAGAAUUGCAGCAGGGGUGUCCUCAGGUUGUGGUUCAGAAAAAUUAUGAAGAUGGCCCUAACGGUUGAAUUAAAUCUCUGCCUAUUUCUCAUGUGGGCAAAGCACAUAACAAGCAGUGGAGCUUUGGUGACUUCAUUGCGGCCGCCAUUUUGAGUUUGGACCACAAUCCUUUGGACACCUCUGAGGAGGGAAGAUGUGACUAUGCAAUAUGGCACAGAAGUCAGUCUUCCUUGUCUUUGACUCUUAGCAACCGGCAGCAACUGUGAAGACUUCCUUUAACCUUGUCUUAUUGCUUGGUCUACAGUAACUCCCAAAACUAUCUGAUGACUGCACUGCACAAUUCACAUUGUUGCACAGGAGCUGUGCAAUUCUUUGAGCGUUUUCCAAUAGCGUUCUCCCCCUCAGAGAACUCGAGGUAAAUCUCACUGCAGUUUGGAAUGUGUGACUUGUUCCAUGCCCAGUUAGCAAGUGUGAGGGGAGGAAGCCCAUCUUUCCCCAUUAGACCUCUCUGGAUUGGUUUCAAUCUAGACCCGGCACUGCCAAUAAGCCCUAGAUUUUGUUCGACAGAUGUCCCCAAAACAGGUAAUCUGAACUUUUGAUCGACCAUGUGCUUAUUGUCGGUUCAAAGCAAAAUUCCCAUUUCUGUGACAUUUAUACGGGUAGUUCGCGACUUACAAAUAGUUGCUCAGUGAUCGUUCAAAGUUACGAUGGACACCUAAAAAAAAUGGUAUGGCUUGUGGCAAAAAUGCCCAUUGGCUAAAAUGACUGCAUUUUUGCCUAACGGCUGUGGUGAUUUCCUUUAUGACCAAAGGUUGUAUGACAAAAAGUCGUAAAAAUCGGAUCAGUCGUGAUGAUUCGCUUAACGACUGACAUGAUUUAUGCCUAUAAUUCUGGGCUCAACUGCGGUCGUAAGUCAAGGAUGACCUGUAAUUGUAACCUUACACUCGGGAAGAACAACAGAAGCGGGAGGUGAGCUACUGAAGAAUAAAAAUAAAAAUAGUCUUUGGAAGUGGGAUGCCAAGGUGUUGCAAUAAACUGGAAAACUCUUGAUUAAUGAUGAUUUAUGAUUGUAACUUUGUUGCUUAUAUCCUUAUGACUUAUACUGAUAUUGUUUCCUGACUGCUUAAUUGUAGCCUAUGACUAUCAUUAAGUGUUGUAUCAUUAAGCGUUAAAUUUGUACCCUAUGGCUAUCAUUAAAUGUUGUAAGUGUUGUUGUACCUUGCAUAUGCACCAAGACAAAUUCCUUGUGUGUCCAAUCACACCUGGCCAAUAAAA